AUGAGGAAUUACUCUGUCUACAACACUCUCUUGGGAUCUUACACUAAAUCUGAGAAAACACUAGACAAAGCCGAGUCCACGUUUCAGAAAAUGAGAGAUCUCGGUUUCCUCUUGAAACCUUCCCCGUACAACUCGAUGAUUUCUCUCUAUGGUCAGCUCAAGAAACAAGAUAUGGUCGAGAAACUUCAACGUGAGCUGAAGGAAACCAAUGUGAAGGAGAUGGAGAAGUCUAAAACGGCGUUGGUUGAUGAGAAAGGAAAGAAACCGGAUAAAGACAGACCCAUUGCAGUGAAACUAGUGUUUGUUCCUAUAGAAGAAGCAAACGAUCUUUGGAAUGAGUACAAGAAUGAAGGAAAGGUGAAGGAUAGUAAAUAUCCAAGUGCGAUUCGCUCUUUGUUGAAGCUGAAAAAUGUACAAGAAGCAGAGAAGUUAUAUGGAGAGUGGUACCCGAAUGGACCGAAGCUGGAUAUGAGCAUACCGGAAUUGCUGAUUUCCCCGUUUCGCACGGAAGGGAACGAAUCCAAAGUUGAGGAAUUGGUCAAGUCGAUAAGAAAGAAGAGGAUUGUGAAGCAAUUAAAAAUGUUGGUGAAUGUUGUGAUUCCGAGGCCCAAUCCCAAUCAGGAUCCAACACAUGGAGUUGGAAAGGUUUUCUUGGAGUACGCCAAUGUGAAUGGGGCAUCAAAGGCUAGAACGGAGAUGCACGGAAGGAAAUUUGGAGGGAACCAAGUCUUUGUUGUGUACUACCCAGAAAGCAGAUAUGCGCAUGGGGACUACACAGGCUGA